UCAUCUUGCCAGUGCUAGCCACAAGUAACCGAGUUCAGUCAAGAAGAGCACGUCUCUCCAUGGUCCAUCACCUCAUCGUUUUCUCUGUCAUGUGCACAACAGAAUACAUGUGAUUGUUAUUGUUUAAGGUCGGUGCUUUCUGGAAACUCACCUGCAAAUUGCAGCAUAUAAAUCUGUCACAGUUCCACGAGGAAACACCAUGAAGCGAAUACCACAUCCUGUCAUCCUCCAAAAAUAGCGGCAGAGCUUAAGGGCCAUGACUUUCAUUGGCCUCGCUCUCGGUACGCUGCUGCUUCUUUCCAUGGCCUCUCUCGCCUCCUCAUGCAACGAGCAGGAGAAGGCCUCCCUCCUCCAGUUCCUCACGGGGCUCUCGCAGGACAAUGGCCUCACAGCGUUGUGGAAGAAUGACAUUGAUUGCUGCAAGUGGGAAGGCGUAAGCUGCAGCGGCGACGGAGCGGUGGUUGAGGUCUCCUUGGCUUCCAGAGGCCUUCAAGGCUGUAUCUCACCAUCCCUUGGUGACCUCUCUAACCUUCAGAGCCUCAACCUGUCGUGCAACUCCUUCACUGGCAGCCUUCCAUCGGAGCUUCUGACCUCCAGUAGCAUCGUCGUGCUCGAUGUCAGCUUCAACCAACUCAGCAGGGUCCUGCAACCACAAGAGAGCAACUCUUCAGUGACUAAUAACAGGCCACUGCAGGUAUUGAACAUCUCAAACAACUUGUUUACCGGAGAGUUUCCAUCUGCAGUGUGGGAGAAAACAAGUAGUCUGGUUGUGCUCAAUGCGAGCAACAACCAGUUCCGAGGAUUGAUACCUUCAUCAUUCUGCAUCAGCUCAUUGUCGUUUGCAGUGCUUGACCUUACCCACAACAAAUUUAAUGGCAGCAUCCCGACCGGUCUAGGUAAAUGCUCUGCACUUAGGCUACUUAAGGCAGGAUACAACAGCCUCAGUGGGCCACUCCCUGAUGAACUCUUCAAUGCUUCCUCAUUAGAGUACCUAUCAUUUCCCAACAAUGGUUUACAAGGAGUGAUUGAUGGCGCACGCAUAAUAAACCUCAAAAAUCUAUGUCACCUUGAUCUUGGCAAUAACAUGUUAAUUGGCAAAAUUCCAGACUCCAUAGGUCAGCUCAAAAGACUACAGGAGCUCCGCUUAUCCCGCAACAACAUGUCUGGGGAGCUACCAUCAGCUCUGAGCAAUUGCACAGAUCUUGUAACAGUUAACCUAAAGAUGAAUAAGUUCAGCGGAGAACUUAACAAUUUCAACUUCUCGAACCUGAUCAAUCUUAAGAUACUUGAUCUUUUGGGAAACAACUUCACUGGCACAAUUUCAGAAAGCAUCUACUCUUGCAGCAAUUUGACUGCACUGCGGCUAUCUUCGAACAAUCUGCAUGGGCAACUUUCACCGAGAAUAGGGGAGCUGAAGUCUCUUGCUUUCCUAUCACUUAGUUUCAACAAUUUUACAAAUAUUACAAACGCGCUUCGAAUCCUCAAGAAUUCUAGUACCCUGACUACCCUAAUUAUUGGGAAUAAUUUCAAGGGUGAGGCCAUGCCAGAGGAUGAGACAAUUGCUGGUUUUCAGAAUCUUCAGUUUCUUUCGAUAUCUAAUUGCUCAUUGUCUGGAAAAAUACCUCUCUGGCUAUCAAAGCUCAAGAAAUUGCAGGUGCUGUUGUUGAGCACGAAUCAUCUCACCGGAUCAAUACCUGCCUGGAUCAAAAACCUAGAGUCACUGACCACUCUAGACAUAUCAGAUAACAGACUGACAGGGGGGAUCCCAGCAGCCUUAAUGGAUAUGAAAAUGCUAAAAUCUAACAUGACUGCAACCCAUGUCGAUACAAGUUUAUUUGAACUUCCUGUUUAUAUAGCUCCAUCACUUCAAUACCGGACACUCCCCGCUAUCCCUAAAGGGCUCUUCCUAGGUAAUAAUAAAUUAACUGGUACAAUCCCCAAGGAGAUAGGUCAUUUGAAAUCACUCGCGAAACUCAACCUCAGCUUCAACUGCUUAUCAGGAGAGAUUCCACAGCAGCUCUGCAGCCUGAAGAACCUGCAAGUGCUAGACUUGUCUAGCAACCAUCUCACAGGUGAAAUCCCAUUGGCACUGAACAAACUGAGCUUCCUCGCAAAGUUCAAUAUUUCUAAUAAUGACUUGGAGGGGGUGAUUCCAACUGGAGGUCAGUUCGAUACAUUUCCAAAUUCAAGCUUUGAAGGGAACCCAAAGUUACGUGCUAUUAUGGUUAAUCCGCUCUAUGGCUCGGUUGAAGCAUCUGCAGUCCCUAGUCUCUCCAUGGAACAAGCAGAUAGAAGGAUCACCUUUGUGUUUGGUUUUUGUGCUUUCUUCGGUGUAGGGUUCCUUUAUGAUCAAUUAGUCUUGUCAAAGUUUUAUGGCUAGUCUCAGUUUAGCUAUGAAAUUGUGAUUGUAUUUUGUAUAUGCGGCUCCACCUCUGGUUGUGGCCACAUCUAUGAUUAUCGAGAUUACCAGAGUUGCAAACCAUA